UUGAUAUUUUAGGUGGCGGUGUUGAUGAGCAUGUGAAGAAACAAGUUAACGAGCGUGGGAUCAAUGAAAGGCAGGAACAUAUAGCUAUAACUCAAGGCUAUAAAAGAAGUCCAAGCACCGCAGCUCUCAUCCAUGUCUUGAUAGGCUGCUGUGGUUUAGCGAGACAAAUGCAGAAAUUCUCUGCGUGACCCUUCUCACAGUGACAUCGCAGGCUCGUAGAGUUGGGAAUGGAGCAGAACAACAGCUUGCCGCCGUUUGGGCAAGGGCUAGCCUCGCCGCAGGGGGCAAUGACACCAGGCAUCCCCAUCUUUAGCCCCAUGAUGCCCUAUGGGACAGGGCUCACGCCUCAGCCUGUGCAGAACACCAACAGCCUAUCCCUGCUGGAGGAACAGCAGAGGCAGCAGCAGCAGCAGCAGGUCACCACCCAGCAGGGAGGGGUGCCAGGGGCCUCUGGACAGACCCCUCAACUCUACCACUCUCAGGCCGUCACCACAACCACUGUACUCCCAGGCAACACCCCUCUCUACACCACCCCUCUCACCCCCAUGACGCCCAUCACUCCUGCCACACCUGCCUCAGAGAGUUCAGGCAUUGUGCCGCAGCUGCAAAAUAUUGUGUCCACUGUGAACUUGGGCUGUAAACUGGACCUGAAGACAAUAGCACUGCGAGCCAGAAAUGCAGAAUAUAAUCCCAAACGUUUUGCUGCUGUUAUUAUGAGAAUACGAGAGCCAAGAACAACAGCCCUCAUCUUCAGCUCGGGGAAAAUGGUGUGCACUGGAGCAAAGAGCGAAGAGCAAUCUCGCUUGGCAGCCAGGAAAUAUGCUAGAGUGGUCCAGAAGCUGGGAUUCCCAGCAAAAUUCCUGGAUUUUAAGAUUCAGAAUAUGGUAGGGAGCUGCGAUGUCAAGUUCCCAAUUCGGCUAGAGGGCCUAGUGCUAACACAUCAACAGUUCAGCAGUUAUGAACCGGAAUUGUUCCCAGGCUUAAUCUACAGAAUGAUCAAACCGAGAAUUGUACUGUUGAUAUUUGUGUCAGGAAAAGUUGUCCUGACAGGAGCAAAAGUCAGAGCAGAAAUAUAUGAAGCAUUUGAAAACAUCUAUCCCAUCUUAAAAGGAUUCAGGAAAACAACGUAAUUGGACUGAUGAUGGACUUUUUAUCAUUUUGGUCAGAUUGAAGUAUUGGCCUUUUCUGCCAAUUUAUUGGGGGGUUGAGAAUGUGUCUGUGUAUUGCAAAUUAUGCAGAAGCCAAGAGCCCAUUCUGUGGCAUUGAAUUGCCAGUGGAGACUGCCAUUUCAUUUCCUGAAAUUUUUUUUGGUCAUGCCUGGUCCACCUGGAAAUACAUGAAAGCUAUUUUCACUUGAUUUUAAAGAAUGAAAAUUUUGUAGUAUGUUUUAAGUUCAGAAUGUUCAUUUUAACUGCAAGUUUU